AUGGCUGCCUUAAUGACCCGCGCGCCUCCCUCUGUGCUCCCUGGUUUCGAUCCGACUAUGACUGCUCCUCAGUCGCAACGAAAACCCGCCAGGAAGUUGUCCUUUCUAUCCUUGAGAAAGAAGUCUUUUACUGUGGACAUCCCACACUCAUCCACGACAUCAAAUCCCUCGCGCUCUCCUUCCGGAUCGAAAUCCGCGUCGCCAUCCGCCUAUCAUGGAUACGAAGACCCGUCGAAGCCAGCGUUCUCUCGACCUACCGAACUUGCACACGGCCGGAAGUUCUCCAGGAGCAGCACCCAUACCCACGACGAGCCUUCCCACACUGGUCGCAAAGCCAAGGAACGAUAUCACCACGAAAAGCGGAGGGAGCAGCCAGUGGAGCAGGAAUCGUACAUAUUUCCGAGUGUUGUGGACGAGCCGUCACCUUCCAGAGGUAGUCACUCCAUGCAUCGCUGGAGGGUCCGCUCAAACACAGGUCCUUCGCACAGGCAGGAUUGGGAGUCACCUCUCAUCACGAACAGGCCGUUGAAAUAUUCUAUCCUGGAUUCUGCUUCGUCUGUGUUGAGUCAGUACGAGGAUGCUCCGCAAACUCCGGUCGACGACUUGUCUUUUCGGGACCCAGUGUUUUCUAUCCCUGUGAUGGUCGCCGCACCAGUUUCUGGAGUAGAGACGAUGGACGCGCUGGUAGAUGGUAUGAAUCAUCAUAGUCACUUCGGCGUCGAUGAUCACUUCAUGGGAAUGGGCGGAAUGUCUGGUCGAAAAUUGUCGAAGUCGGGGUAUCACCCUCUCUACCACCCACCGUUACCUACCCCUCCUCCUGGAGUGAUUCUUGGGAAGGCUCCUCUUUCGUCUCGCACGAAAUCCCCCGAUUCGGAUGAGGACGAUGAUAAGCCAAGGUCACCUUCGGCAAAGCGACCCAGCCAGCACAGAAAACGUCGGCCCGGUUCAUCCCGUACUCCUUCUGUCACUACCACCGCAGACUUUUCUGUUUUAGCACGUCCCAGUACGGCAUCUUCGGUUACAAAGACUGUUGCACCUUCAAUAUCCGAGAUCAUACGGACGCAUGCACCACCCUCACAGCAGACGCGUUCCCGCAGAACCUCGUUCUGUCAGAGUCAGGGCCAUACAACCGUUCAUGAAGCGGAGGAGCUGGACACAGAGCCUCAGCGGACUGAAGACGAAGGAGAUAUUAUAUCUCGAUCGUCUAUCGAUACUAUAGCAGAAGAAGUCAGGCGGACCAUCCAUAACCAGAAGAGGUCGUCCAUAUCCCCCAGCGGGCUACAACGUCCACGGUCGUUCCAACAUCACCAGAUCACAUCCAUCAUUUCAGACAACACGCGAAGUCUAUGUUCCCCUCGCUCAGAAGGCCGCAGAGAAUCCUCCGUCUUCUCUUAUUCUACGUUAUCCGACCAGCCACCACUUCCUGCGCUCGAUUUACGAGGACUGACCAAGGUUCCAACCAACUCUCCGUCCCAGACAAUUGCGCAGUAUUUGCGUUCAGCUCGAUUGACUACGCUUCUUACCCUGACGCGUCGUCCCCAUGCUUCACGGGAGGCCCCGCUCAACGUCAGCCUAUCUGACUUGGGCAGUGCGACUGGUUAUCCUAUCGUUGUAUUUCUGGGGUUAGGAUGUGUACGCCAUAUCAUGGGCCUUUACGAUGAGAUGGCGGAAUGCUUAGGGAUUAGGCUCAUCACCAUUGAUCGAUGGGGUCUGGGGCGUACUGACACGCCGAGAUCAAAGUCAACGAGAGGUAUUCCUGAGUGGGCGUCGGUAGUGGAGGAGGUCCUUGAUCAAAUGCAUAUUGAUCAAUGCAGUGUCAUGGCUCACUCUGCCGGUGCACCGUACGCACUCGCCUUCGCCAAUAAGUAUCCGGAGCGUAUUCGGGGCGACAUAUGUUUGUUAGCUCCCUGGGUAGGAGGUGGCGAAGGAGCCGGAUACAGGUGGCUGAAGUACGUGCCAAACGGCAUCCUGAAAACUGCGCAAGCGGCGGAGUGGAAGGUACAGGCAUGGAUGAUUGGCAAACCCCCUACGUUCGUUUUCGAAGGUAUAGGCUUUGACGCCAAGUCUGCCCCUCCCACACCUUCAACAGCUCGACCUCCGCGUACUCCCACCAGCGCGACGUCCACGCCUGCUAAUGCGGCAGCGACACUUUUAUCGUCCAAACAGGAAAGCGAGCCCCGUCCCAGCAUGUCGUCCGGUGCGUUCAGUGAGUAUGAUGAUUUGUGCGACUUUGAAGGGCGCUUCGAGAGUCGGAGCACAUUGGAGCGGCGAAGCAUCAAUUCCCAGCGCACUCGCACUAACAGUGACACUAAAUCUCCUAAAAGGAAGCCGUCGCGCGGAUUUCUUGGGAGAUUGAAGAGCUCGCAGUCCUCGCCGCAGCCGCAGACUCCCCCAGAGGAGAAGGCUUCUGGCACCGGUCGCGGGAAUAAAUUGAAGGCAUUACGUUCAAUGGGUUCACUUCGAAGCAAGUCGAGACCUUCUUUCUCAAGAGCGACAUGUCAACCCUCUCAAGCUCCUUCACUACCGCCUCCGCCCAGUACUGACGUAGGACUGGGCCUUGAUGAUCUUGAUUGGGCAGCUUCUCCAAGAUUGAAAGCGUCGUCAUCCCCUUCGACGAUGAAAGGUUCGCCCUUCAAGAGCACUCCCGCGUCGUUCGACCUCUCUGCGGAUGAUCAUUCGAUGUAUUCUCGAACCAACCGCCGUCGAUCGAUCUCGUUCGGCGCCACGGAGUCGUCGACCCACUUCCCAUCGAGUCCAUCUCCUAGCAAUGUGCCUACCUCCGCGAAUUUCCAGGCAGCUUUGGGCAAUGCUCUCAUUGCCGCUUCGCACGCAGAGUCAUCGAAGGGCACCCACUCAGAUCUAUUGCAAAUACUGAACCACGACCGUCAGCCGUGGGGUUUUUCUUACAGCGCGUAUCCGCACACGGUCCGUAUAUGGUUCGGCGACAAGGAUGAGAGGAUUGCUGAGAAUGCUGUACGAUGGAUGGAGAGUGCCAUGGGCCCCGAAAAGUGCAAGGUUGAGGUUGUCAAAGAUGCCGACCAUGCACUGAUGUAUAAAAGCGGGCUCGUGGUCGAUGUGCUCGAACAAAUCUGUGGUUACUGGCGAGACUACGAUUGA